GACAGAGCUUAAGAGCUAGGCAGCUAUCGCUAGCUAAAUUGCAGGACAUUUUAACGCGACUCGAUUACCAGCUAGCCAGUUAGCUAAGAUAUUUAAUUUAAGGCUGGUUUUAUGUCGGUUUUGCUAUCAGUGUACGGGAUUGACUAUUGCUUAGAUUGAUAUAUUCACGUUAGCUGGUUGGUCUCUCAAACAGUCAUGUUGGUGGUAAGUAUUAUGAUAUGUUCCCUUUAGCAAUCAUAACGUUACCGAACGGGUUUGUUAACAUUAGCCAGCUGAAUCAGCUAACAGUCAUUGCUAGCUGUGAGGUUGGUUGGUUAGGCCACAACAAAUGCACGGCCUGUUUUGUCAAUUCUAAUGCUAUUGGCUAUGGUUGUCAAAUAACCUUCCGACCAUGAUACUAAUAUAGAGAUUUGUUAAUCAAUGUGGAUUUCUAACUAAAUAUUUUCAGUGACUGCGGUCUCUGCACCUUAUGUGGGUGUGAACUCGACUUCUAGGCUUAUUGCUAUCGGUAAUAUAAGUGACCAGUUAACGUUAAUGUAGCGUUAGCUAUCCAAUAUAGCGUCAGUGAAAUACAUGUCUUUCCCUUUUCAUCUAGCUUAACAUAAUGUAUUACCUCAUAUAACAGUAGGUAGGUACGAUAGCAUGAUUACAAGCUCAACUGAGCGUAAUAACACUAGUGACACAACAGCUUUGCUUAAUUUGCUAUCUUCAGCCAACUGAUAACAACAGCAGCUGUGCAUUCCUAUACCGCGGUCUUAAUUGACAAUGGCCAAUGCUCCGAUGUACGAAAUUGAAAGGCCUUUGUGGUGUGCAAGUUUUGAUAGAUCGUGGAUAAACGCUAUCUACAUUGAGGUUACUUGAUUGAUUACUGUGAAUGUCAGUUCUAACAGAAGGAAAUAUAUAAGGUUAUGAACCUGGAGUUUAUUCUUGGGAUGGGUGGUGAUUACAAUUGACUUGCUACAGGCGCGUCAAAACAAAGUCAAAUUGGCAGUCACCCAGCAUGUCAAUUCCUUAGUAGCUUGUUGUGUUUGUAGCAGGGAAGUUAGUAGGACAGUUUCGAAAGUAGUCCAUGUAAAGCAAUUGGCGUUUUUGUGAAUAAAUUCAAUCCAGUCUUGAAUGCCAUGAUGUAGGGUGCCAUGCAUAUAGCUGCAAGUCUUCAUAAUCAGCGGACCAUUGAUUUAAAACGGAUUAUACUUCAGAGAUAGGGCCUAACUGACCUGAGCUGUGGGAGCUGUUGGCUCCCCUCCUUUCCCAUCGCUCCCCUUGCCCCGACCCCCUGGACAGCCCAGACAUGACCACAGGGGAGUGUUGCCACCUCCCCGGUUCACUCUGUGAAUGCACUGGCAAUGCUGCCCUGUCAAAAACAGUGGAGGAGUCUGACAACCGUCGUGCGCAGUACGUCACCCAAGUCACAGCCAAAGACGGACGACUGCUGUCAACAGUCAUCAAAGCUCUUGGCACUCAGAGCUCUUUCUCUUUUAGUGAUGGCCCCAUAUGCCGGAUAUGCCAUGAAGGGGGCAACGGAGAGGGCCUCCUGUCCCCAUGUGACUGUACGGGAACCUUGGGCACGGUUCACAAAAGCUGCCUGGAGAAGUGGCUCUCCUCCUCCAACACCAGCUACUGUGAGCUAUGCCACACCGAGUUUACCAUUGAGCGCCGACCUCGGCCUCUUACAGAGUGGCUGCGAGACCCUGGGCCGAGGAAUGAGAAGCGCACACUGUUCUGCGACAUGGUUUGCUUCCUGUUCAUAACGCCGCUGGCGGCCAUCUCAGGCUGGCUGUGUCUGCGGGGUGCCCAAGACCACCUGCACUUCAACAGCCGCCUGGAGGCUGUGGGCCUCAUAGCACUCACCAUAGCCCUCUUCACCAUCUACGUCCUCUGGACUCUGGUGUCAUUCCGCUACCACUGUCAGCUGUACUCUGAAUGGAGACGAACCAAUCAGAAGGUCCGCCUGCUCAUUCCGGAUGCCAAGGGAGGGCACUCUACCCAGCAUCCUUUGCUCUCCACCAAGCUGUUGAAGAAGACGGCAGACGAAACGAUCGUAUGAGGGCCAGUCUGAGGGAAGGAUGAGAGUGGUGUGUGUUGAGUGUGCUCGGGGUCCUUGACUCACUGAGGUCACAGCUGGAGCCGCAGCACUUGUGGAUGCAUUUUUUUCUAUUUAAUCCUUUUUAAUCUAAACUUGUGAGCACUUCAUUAUCCACCUUUUAUCCUUUUUUUUCCCUUUUUUUCCUUUUGUUUUGUUUUGUUUUGUGUGAAGCCUCUUGCUAGAAAAAAAAAAACAAUCGUAUGUUCACAGGGAAAGAAAAAGAUAACAAUUGGCAAGUUUGAUGCUUGAAAUCCUGCAUUAUCUGUUUUUUCAAAAAGAAAAAGAGAAAUAUGCUAACGAAAAAAGUAACUCACAAGUAGACAAAUGUGAAAUAAAUAGGAACUGACCGCGUGUUGCCAUGUAGAAAGGAGAUGCUCAGCACACAUUCAGUGGGAACUGACCAAACCCUCCAAAACAGAUUUCUCUUUACCCUUGUAGGUUGUUUCUUUAAGUUAUUGUCUAUUACCAGUGAAUAUGGUAUGCGUUAAUGAUUCUUGUUCCACUCUGAGGCUUCAUAACCACUGAGUAUAAAAGAAAAGCUCCAAGCGUUAAUCCCUGCUAUAGAGAAACUGCUGAGGGGGUUGUGUGUGUGUGGGAGUGUGUGAGUAAGUAAGUAGGAGUGUGUAUAAGUAACUAAGUAGGUGUGUGUGUGUGUGUGUGUGUGUUUAAGGUGGUAACAGGAAAUCAGUAUUCAUCCAUCCAUCUCUGUGGCGGAUAUGGGAACUUGAAUGCUCUCAGCAGUGUUAGUGGUUUGUCAAGAUUCCAAUCUUUUUCCUAAGCAUGUCCCCAGUAUGUGUGAUUGGGGAUGGAGGUAGCAAACGUACAAGAGUGCAAUAAAAAUGCUAUAAAGAAGGCUUGCCCUUACGAUACUGCAACCAACACACACAGCUUUGCAUGCAUGCACAAUUUCUUUGCUUUUAGUAUUUUUACUUUUCCUCUGUUUCCACUCAGAUUGCUUGGAUGGUUGGUUUUGGAGGUCUUUGGAGCUGAGCGCUAAAAAGGAUCUCCUACAUCUUUUGGUGUAGAUGCAGCAAGUGUGCAAGUCGUCACAAAAUCUGAGGUUAGCAGAAAUAGUAAGAUGAAAUUGCCAAACAUGAGUUCUCUCUUUGGAAGGAAUUUACAUAAGAUUUUUUUUUUAAAACUCUAAUGUGUUAACUUUACAGUACAACUACAAGGAAAUCACUGAUUUCUCCCUCUUUUCCUUCCAUUUCCUUCACUCUUUCUCUCCUGCUUGCACUGUCUUUUGUGUGUGUUGGUUUUUCUACCAAAAUAUAUCUUUGUGCCGAUGCAUAUUAGUUUAGCCAGAGGUGGCGUAGUGUACUGCAGAAGUCCGGUUUGUAUACAUAUGGUUAUGUAGCAGUUUCACCCUCUUUGAUAUGCAGCUUCUCAGACUUUCAAAAGACUGUCCUGACUUGUCAUAAUCUUCAGUACCAAGAACGAGUUGUUUUGAACUGUUUCUCAAACCUUGCAACAUUGAAUGAUCGUGUCCUCUCAUCGGAUAACUACAUCAGGUUACUUCUCCUAAAGAAGGAUAUGCAAAAACACUAGCAAUGACCUUAAAGGUGGCCCUUGGUAAAGUCUGCGCAGAAAACAUGUCGCUACCACUGGAUUUUUAUCAAGGAAGUGCCUGGCGCUGCGGGAGAGUGGCAAGCCACAGUUCAGAAUGGUCAUGAGGACCAACUUGCUAUUUGGACCAUAGUAUUUAUGGUGCACCUUCUUCAAUUGGGUUCAUGCAAAGCCUGCAUCAGUGCAAUUUCCCAGUCAGUAUUUCAUUUGUGUGUUUUGUGUUACAUUUUUGCUUAAUUGAGUGUCCUUUGUGUCUACAGCACAGGUGGAAAAGGUCGACGAUCUUGUAGAAACUCUGUAACCCUUUUUUCCAUCCAUAAAUCCAUUCCCUCUUGAGGAUGUGGUGCUACUCCAUGCAAGUUCUCAUUUCUUUCAGCCAUCCUGCCUUGGCUUAACAGUUGAAAGCUUUUGGUCAUUGGGCACAGAGAAUGGGGUACCAUUUCACGGUUGCAGACAGAGUCCUGAAUACAGCUGAUGGGCCCCUGUAGGCCAACGUAGGCUAAUGUAACCUGGUAUCCACCAUGGACAAAUGAGGAAAUGGGUUAAAGCUUUAUAAGUGCUGUUGCUAUGAGAGGAGACACCAUGUGGAGUGAAUCAUUGUCUGAGCUUCAUUCUGGUUUCAGUGCUCAGUCAGCUCUGUUGAGUUGAGCUCAGAGCUGGUUGUUAGCAUUGGGGAGAAGUGGUCUGGUUGUAGAAAAGAACCCCUGUAUCUGUAUGCGUAUUUCUCUCUCUCCGUCUCUCUCUCUCUCCCCGUAGUGUCAGUGGUCACUCUAAAUGAUUCCUCUCAUAGGAAACUAAACUUUCGUUGUAUGGUUAAUGUUGUGCAAUAGUUAUUCUAGACCUUUGUUUUGUUUUGUUUUGUUUGUUUGUUUGUUUGUUUGUUUUUGGCAUUACAAUCACCAUCACCAGUAUGUUAGACUUUAGGGAGGAAAGACAUGAAUCUCUGAGCAUGGAAAAAAAAUAACAAUCGUAUGUGCAGCGUCGGCCCCGGGGCCUUUAGUAACGCCCUUUCAAAAAAAAAAAGACAACAUAAAGGACAAAAAAACUUGUCUCUUGGUGUGCUUCCACCUGAAACGUUGGUUGCCUUUGUACACUUGGGGCCAACUUCUGGAGACUUUGUAACGUAGGAUUUAGUAACAGAGUGUGCAAUUUUAAUAACAUUACAAUGCAAUUCUUACCUGUAACCUUAAAAACACACACGCAUAUAUAUACCUAUCUAUAUUAAGAGCGUAAGCGAAACCUAGAUGUAGACAACAUUACUUAUGAAGGAUCAUGAGGAGGACACCCAUGCAGGAAGAGAGGGGCGGGGCCAGCCGUGACGAAGGCACUCUGGGGCCUGUGAGUUGCCUGUGCUAUGCAACAGCGCUUCUGCAAUAGGUAGUGUCCAGGCCGAGUCCAUACUUCAGUGUUAAUCCAGCUGACCACCACAAGUCCUUCUCUCCAAAGAUGCAUGCAUGUUUUUUGUUUUGUUUUGUUUUCCUCUGUCUCCUUAGCUAUCUCUUCUGUUUCAGUAUGAUAUGGCACUUUCAGAAAUAUACCAUGGAAAAACAAUUGUCUCAUUUUUAAUAAUCCAUGUUUAAAAGGGAUUUAAAAACAAUUGUUGAUGUAAUAAUUUCCUUUGUUAAUAAUCUUUGGGAAAAUAUAAACAAUUCCAGGUUAAUUGUAAAAUGGAAAGGAAGCAGUUAUAUUCCAGUGUCAUGCUCUUUUUUUCUAAAAAAAAAAAAAGAAAGAAACACCAUGAAUUGUAAACAUGUUUUUACUUGUCUUUGUUUUUAAUAUCUUAAUUUUGCCACUGUGUUUUUAAAUGAAUUCAUCUGUAUCAUUUGUAAUUUAUGUUCUCAAUUAUUUCAUUAAGCACAGGAUUUUUAUCACUCUAACAUGUUUUGAAAUGCUGUAAUGUUUAUGUUGUGCAGUGGGAAAAGAAGGUGUGUCUGUAAUGUCUUCACCAAAAUUUGUUGGUGCUUGCAAUCAGCCAAGAAAAGUGUGCAAAGCAAAUUAAAAAUGACGCUAUGAAUCUGUCCAACAGAAA